AUGGCUCCCCUGCUCCGCCAAACCGAGGACUCCGCGAGAGAGGCUGUCACCAUCACCACCCUGACCAUUAUGGCCAGUGACCCCCAGCUGAACCUUCGCGAUGGCAAGAUCGCUGUGAGGAGGUCAGGUCGGGACGGUCGGGACGGUGACGGCCAUUCGUGGCACAGCGAGGGAAGACAGAUGAGAGAGGUUCUUGAGGAGGUCCUGACCAUAACUUGCCAUGGCGUGGCGGAGGAAGAGCUGUGGCCCUGGAGGAAAAAGGGGUUGGACCUGGCGAAGCGCAUGUGUUUGGAUCGAGUGGCUGAGGAAAAGCCAUUGCACUUCGAGCGCUUUGCAGUUUGGCUUGCCGGUGGCACCGGAGCACUUGGUUGUUUCACUACGUGUUUCAACUCCUUUAAGGAGACCCUUGUGGAGCGCGAGAUGGCAGACAAUGAGAAAGAAGGCAACGGAGGGGCCUGGGGAAAAGUCCCAACAUGGGACGGAUCUCCGCAGACAUGGAGAGCUUUCCAACGUGAGAUGCGUUGGUGGCUCAGUGCACUUGACCUGGAAGGCACCAAAUGGCUCCUUCGCCAAUCAGGCGUUGUGCGCCAGCGUGGCGAGGAAUUCCUGCCAGAAGAGUUGGAGUACCAGAAAGAGGAGAAAGGUGUGGAUCCAGAAACCGGAAAUGAGGUGACCUUGGUCCAGGAAGAUGCUCUGAGCGGCAUCAACAAGCUGCUGAAGGCGUUGGAGGGCAUCAAUGGAAGGACAACGCUUGACAAGCGUGGUGAGCUCAGAAAUGCCUUUUACUUAGAGAUGAAAAGGCGACCAGGUGAGAGGAUUGCUGAGUUCUGCACCCGUUUUCGAACGGCCUUGGCAGAUCUUCGAUCAGAAGGCGUGCAGUUGCCCUCUGGCGAGGUUGGAUGGUUCUUCAAGGCGAAGUUGGGGUUGGAUCCACUUCGGAUUCAGUUGCUGGAUACAGCCCUCCAAGGGGCAGAAGAGUACGAAGCAAUUGAGCGAGAAGUUCUUCGACUUUUCAAAGAGCUGCAUGCCCAGGAUCCUCUGGUCAGACGAGUUGGUGGCGAUGGCAAGGGAUCUCCGCUUUUGCAACGGUUCCUGUCCUCGCAGUCAGGUCCCAGCAGAUCUACGUCCUAUGCUCCCUCUUCUGCGUCCUCUAUGCCGAGGUCAUACAGGUCUUCCUCCUCUGCGAGCUCUGGUAGGUUUGGAGGCGGUUUCAGAAAGCCGUUUCCGCCCAAGCAGGUCAUGGUGUCAGAGGUGGAAGAGACAGAGAAUGACGAUGAAGAACAUGCAGACGCCGAAGAUGACGGCGGCGACCCUGGCAUUGAGGAUAUCAUCAGAAGCGAAGCUGAGGCGCUGGCUGCUGAAUUAGAUGAAGCAGUUGAACAGGGCCUGGACGCUUCAACUCUACAGGAGAUUGAAGAGACCGUGGAGAACGCUGCGGAGGCCCUGAUCACCAUGAAAGAGGCUCGAACAAAGUUGCAGGAGGUGAAGAAAGACCGCGGGUACGGUCGAGCUGGAACUGGAGGUGAAGGUGACCCUGAAUGCACCCAGCCCGGAAAGGGAUUGGGCAGAAAGCCCUUGCUGAAGAAACCAUACAAGCAGGUCAAAGUGGUAGAAACUCUUAACACCGAGCAUGUUGAGGGCGGUGAAGAAGGUGGACAUGAAGUUUUGACUGUUUCAUCGGUGCCUUUGACUCCGGCGCUGAUGAUUGCUUUGGAUGAAUCUCACCGCAAGCCCAAGGAGGUGAAUGCAAUUUCAGCGACUUUGACUGCAGACAAAAGACUUGUUGGCGCACUUGAUUCAGCUUGCAAUAGAACCUGCACUGGUCCUGAUUGGUUGGAAGGGUUCCUGAAGGGAUUGAAAAAGGCUCCACAGGCCAUCCAGGACUUGGUCAUUACCAGGCCCGAGCGGGAGACCUUCCGGUUUGGGAACGGUGGGACACAAGUGUCCUUGGAAAGAUGGAAGAUUGGUAUGUUUCUGGACUUCAUUAGUUCAGGUGCCUUCUCUUGGACUUUUGCUAGGUCAUUACCUGCUGCCUCUCCUGCCAUCCAGUUGGCCAGUCCCAUGGACCCUCAGCCAAGUCCCAGCACUCAGCGAUGGCGAAGAAUGACUCUUCGACUUCGAGAAAGGUUCCUAUGGGCAGCAAAGGGCGUCGUUUUGUGGCUGGUGCAAAGACCUUCCUUGCGCUGGCUGCCCUUGCCUUAUCCCUCGGUGGCAACUCCCGAAGCCUGGCUCGAGCAAGCCCAGAAGCAGGCGAAGGACAAGGUGCAAUCUUUCCGUCAUGUGGACAAGGCGUGGCGGCAAGGGAAGUUCAAUUUGAAGAAUCUGGGAGAUUGCGCUCACCUGAGGCAACGUCUUGGCCUCCGAGUUUCCUUCAUCGAGGACCCUUUGGUGGAAGGCAUGGUGAUGGGAAUGGCAGCCAAGGGUCUCAACACAAAGAUCCGAAAGGCUGUGCAAGAGGAGGCUCAGGCACAGGCAAAGAAGUUGAGUUCCGAUGCGAGGAGAGAGGAGGAAGCAAGGACUCUCAUUGGUCCGAGAGGCGGCCUGCCCUCUCUUCGAAGCGAUUUGAUUCGAUUGGCCGCUCUUCUUCACGUCCCCAUCGAGGAUUCGGACACUGUGGAAAAGCUCAAGGAGAAGGUGAAGCCAAUGAUUGCCAUCCUGAAAGAGAAGUCUCCACCACUGACUGCGGAAGAAAUGCGGAAGAUGGCAACUCAGAUGCAAAAGUUGCAGAAGCAGAUCGAAGAGCGUCAGGACCCUCAGGUCUUGGAUUUGACCAUGACGGACGUGAAAGAGGAGGAAAAUCCUUGGGACAACAUCUCGGACGGCGAGAAGGAAGCCAUCCAUCAGAGCUUGAACGAUGCCUACGCCCAGAGUCUGAUGGCUCAGUAUGGGGACUGCAUCGAGGGGCAAGCACAGCUGAUUGCUCAAGCAUGGUCCAAACAUGAAGCUGAACGUUUGAAGACCUCGCUUGGUCCUCGUCGCUUGACCGAGAUUUUGGUUGCCGAUCAUGAUGCUGAAAUGUGGAACUACAUGACUGCUGAGACCUUCAUCCAACCAGUCUCCUUUGACCUUGACUCCUACGAAGCCUUGGCGUCGAACGAGACUUAUGUGAAUGACAUCGCUGAACAGAAUGUCAAGGCCCAUGAGAACAAUGAAGCUAACAAGUAUGACAAGGUUUCAAAGUCCAACGCGGUUCCAAAGUCCCAUGCGGUGCCAAAGUCCAAGCAGCCUUUGGUGUCUGAGAUUUACACAAGUGCAGAGAACGUGAUGAAAGAGGCAGUGAAACGAGGUCACAAUGUUGGGACCUCGAUGUCACUUGAAAGCGGAUGGAAUUUUCUGAACCCUGAGCACAGGAGAAAGGCUUAUCACAAGGUGAUGGAGGAGAAACCUUUUUGUCUGGUUUUGGCUUUUCCAUGUGGUGGUUUUUCUCCUUUGCAACGUCUCAAUGGCAAGUUCCCAGGACGUCGAGCUUUGCGACGUGAAGUGGCUCGUGAGCUGAUGUCCUUUGCUCUGCAGUUGGCAGAGCUCCAAAUUCGAGAAGGUAGACAUUGUGUGCUCGAGAAUCCCAAACCCAGCGAAGCCUGGAAUGAGGUUGAAAUGCAAAAAUUCAUAGAAGAGCACCAAGUCCACCUUGCUGACUUUGACCAAUGUCGGUUCGGUCUUCGCAGUUUGACCGGCGAACUUCACAGAAAGCCUACGAGGAUGGUAAGUUCUGGCUCCAAGAUUGCGGAUCAGGUGAAUGGUUUUGUUUGCACGCGUGACCAUUCUCAUUCUCCUGUCAUCGGUGGUGCGAAAGUGACUGCACGCGCAGGCAUUUACCCCAGAGCCUUAGCAUGCGCUUUGGUGAAGGGCAUCGAGAAGCAGUUUGAAGCGGAUUUCAAGUCCAACGAGGUUUUAGCGUUGCAAGCUGGUGCAGAUGAGGAGGAAGAACUGGCUUUUGAAGGUGGAGAACUUGCCCCACGGCAUGAUGAUGAUGAAGGUUCAGAUGUUGAAGAUGGCCAACAUCCUGAUGGAAAGCCCCUGACAGUACCUGCUGGUGUCCGAGCGGCUGUGCUCAAACUACACCAGAACACAGGCCACAGAAGUGGUAAGCGGCUCGCCAGGGCCUUAGCGAUAGCUGGGGCGCCGUCUGAAGCGAUCCUGGCGGCCAAGCAGUUGCAGUGCUCAGUUUGCAAGGAGCACCAGGCUCCAAAGGUGAGGCGGCCUGCUUCACUUCCUCUUCCCAAAGACAUGGGCGAUCAAGUUCAUGUUGACCUGUUGGAGGUGGAGGACUGCAAGGAGCAGAAGUUUUGGGUGGCUCACGCCACCGAUUAUGCCACAAGAUUCCAGCUGGCCGAGAUCAUCCCUGACAAAUCUACGGCCUCUGUGGUGAAGUUCCUCUCCAACAGAUGGGUGGCAACCUUUGGCCCUCCUCGUGUCAUGGUGGUGGACCAAGGCCGGGAAUUCAUUUCCUGGGAGAUGGAGGAGUACGCCUCAUCUCAAUCAAUCCUGCUACACCACAUAGCAGUGCAGGCACCAUGGCAAAAUGGAGUAGCGGAAAGAAGCGGAGGAAUCCUCAAGACCCUCCUGGCAGCCGUUGUCACCUCCAAGGCGGUCAUUGGCAAGGACGACAUGGAGCUUGCCCUGGCCGAAGCAGUCUCAGCCUACAACGGCGACAUCAAUGAGUCUGGUGCCUCUCCCUAUCAGGCUGCUAUUGGCCGACAACCCAGGAUGAUAGGAGACACCUUGGGAGGUAUUCAGACCAGACUGGCUGAACAUGGACUCCUUGAAUCCAAGCCCUCUCUGGCUCGACAGUUGGCAAUGAGGGAGGUGGCCAAGGUGGCGAUGACCCGGCUCCAUUUCAGCAGAGGCCUGAGGAAAGCUGAGCUUGGCAGAUCCAGAAACCCAACAGUGCAAGAGAUGCCUGAGCCUGGAACUAUCUGCUAUUUCUUCAGGCCCAUGCGUUACAACAGCAAGACAGGUCCAAGCAAGAAGAAGCUGACCCUGAAACGUUGGCAUGGCCCUGCACUCCUUGUGGCUGUCGAAGGCAAGACUUCGGCCUACCUCAGCUACAAAGGUCAGCUGACAAAAUGUGCGUUGGAGCAUGUGAGACAAGCUUCAACUAUGGAGCAGAUCGCAGCGGAGUCUUGGCGAGAGGCAAUUGAUGAAGCCGUUGAGGCGGCCACUUUGGAUUUGACUCGCCAGGGACUUCCUGAACCUAUUGAUGGCCAACCUGCUGGCGGUGGUGGUGGUUUGUCAGCUCCGGCAACUCCUGGAUUUUUGCCUUCAAUCUCUCCAGCACUUCCAGUGCCUUCUACACCACCUCCGGAGACAGCCGCUCCAGGUCAAGAUCUGCCUCCUGUACGAGCUCAAGAUCUUGCUAUGGCCUUGGGAUCUGCAACUGAAGCUUCUCUUCCUGGAUCUGGACUUUCAUCCAGAAGAGUAAGCGACAUUGGCACGGCACCUAGUGGACUUCAACGUGGGCUCAGCGAUGGACUUCGAAGCGAUGGAUUUCGACGAAGAGCCGACACCGGUUUUGAGACCGGAAAGGUGCCAAAGAUGCCUGAUCCAGCCGGGAUCAAAAGACCUUCUGAGGUCACUGCGGAACAGCUUCGUUCCACGGCAUCUGCUGCUGCAUCUGCAGACAGCGUUGUGCCAGCUGAAGUGCCAGUUCCUGAAGACUCUGCUUUUGAGGCCAUGGAGGUUAGCAAGCAUCAGCAUGCCCUGGACUUGUCACAAUCCUCCAAGCAUCCACUCGUUCAGAUCUUCGAAGCUGCCCGGCAAGAUCGUCACCAACCCCUGGAAGCUCAUGUUCCUGACCAUGGGAGUUGGGAUGGCCGAUGGCCUUUGCCCUCCAAAACAGAAUGGCUUUGUCGUCAACAACUUGGACUUUGUUGGCCCAAAGGCAAGGAGGACAUUGAAGAUCACGAAACCAUGGCAGUUCAAGCAGCCAGGAAAGAGUACUUUUGGAAGAACCUGCCAGAAGAGCAGAAGCCGGCAUUUCGUGAAGCUGCUGCUCAAGCUUGGUCAGUUUGGAAAGAGAACGACGCGAUCGAGGAGCUCACUCCUGAGGAAUCUGCAACGGUUCGUGAAAGACUCAAAAGGAAUCGAGAGCAGUGCAAGAUCCUCACACCUCGAUAUGUGUUCACUGACAAGCACGACCCGCUCAGGACAGAGUCAAACCCUUUGCCAUUGAAAGCUCGAGCUCGCAUCGUUGUCCCUGGCUUCAAGGACAUCCUUGGGUUUGGUUUGCGCAAAGAUGCACCCACUUGCUCCAGAAUCGCUCAGCAUUUUCUUUUGACCCUCACAGCAGCCUUUCAUUGGGUUUUGAUGAGUGCGGACAUCAAAAGCGCCUUCUUGAAGGGUGACCCGUACAUGGCUGGUGUGCGUGAGCUUUUUAUGGAAAAUGUCCGAGGGCGAGAUGGUGAACCUCGUUUGCCGUUUCCAGACCUUGUGAAGAUCAAGAAGGGUGUUUUUGGUUUGGCAGAUGCCCCUAGAAUGUGGUAUCUCAGGCUUCAUCGAGCUCUCUCAGAAGCUGGAUGGGAACGUUGCCCUUUGGACUAUGCGUGCUGGCUCCUUUGGUCUCCCGACAGGAAGACACUGGAAGGAAUGAUUCUGGCUCAUGUGGACGAUUUGCUACUUGGUGGCAACCAGCGUGCCAAGAAGAAGCUCCUGGAACUUGGUGAUCAGCUUGGUUUUGGGGCCAUUGAAGAGGGAGAGUUCACCUAUUGCGGCAAGAAGUUCAAGCAAAAAGCUGAUGGAACUAUCCAAAUCUCCAUGAAGGAGUACCAUGAGAACCUGAAGUGCGUGCCCAUUCCAGUUCACCGCCGUGAACGUCCUGACGCAGAGCUUCUGGAAUCUGAGCGCAAACAACUUCGCGCCAUCCUUGGGUCACUUCAAUGGUUGGUGGCACAGCUCCGUUUUGACAUGGGCUUUUUGCUUUCAACCCUCCAAGGUGAAUCCCAGACAGUUGGCACAUUGAUGAAGGCCAACCAAUUGGUGAAGAAGUUCAAGCAAUGCCCGGACUUCAGCCUUACAUUCAAGCCCAUGGACCUCUCCGAUGCUGGUCUGAUGGUGGUGACAGACGCCUCCUUGGGAAACGUCACCAAGCAAGGCGGUGCUGAGGGGACCACUUUUGAGAAGGUGUUCAGCCAGAGCGCCUACUUUGUGCUCCUCGGCGACAAAGAACUGAUGGCUGGUCGAGAAGGCAAUUUUUCUGUAAUUGACUCCCGGUCGCACAGAUUGCCGAGAGUUUGCAGGUCUACAUAUGGUGCAGAACUCCAAGGGACUGAAGAAGCCUUCGAUGUCGGUCUUCUUUGCAGAGGCUGGCUGGCUUUGCUGAAGGGUUUGCCUUAUGUUGAGGCAGCCCGUGACACCAUCCCUCUUUGCGUGGUGACAGACGCAAAGGAUGUGUAUGACAAGAACACCAGCGAUACACCGACGUAUGGCUCCCAGAAAAGCUUAGCCUUCACGGUGGCAUGGAUCAGACAGGUACUUGGAAAGCCCAACACCCUGCUGAAGUGGACGUCCACUGAGAACAUGUUUGUGGACGUCGGGACAAAAGACAUGGACCAUGACCAUUUGCACCAGAUCUUGGACAGCUGCCGCUGGAGUGUGAGCUUCAACAAGGAAUUUGUGAAGCAGAAGCAGAAGAAGUCACGUGCUGCAGCUGUGAGUGAGAGAGGCAAGCUGUUAGGUGAUCCUCUGGACGAAACGUCCGCGGUGUAUCCUUACUUAGCUCAGCUAGGAUUGGAUCCCAAGGCUGGUAAGCCAACCAGGUUCGUUGAGGCUGGCACAUCUCGGGAGAUCGUUGAGGCCUUGAUUGCUUCCACUCCCACCGGGCAUUUGUUGACCAGCGUCCGGCGCCGACGUUUUCUCGGCGUUGUGUAUAUGUCAAAUGGCGAUGUUUUGUCAUGGCGAAAUGAUGAUUCAACCAGUGACGCCCCCAGCUUUAGCGAAGCCUUGAAGCAAGUGGCAGAGGAGAUCACAUUGGAACGUUUCAACGAGUCCCUGCGGUCCAUGUUGGGCUUCCUGGGUCCUGCUGAGAGCGCGCGAGGAGCCGUGGUGGUCUCUUGCCCCGCAACGGUGGCUGACGAACUGAGCGGCAGAAAGGUGCCAUUCACCCAGCCCAGCGCUCAACAAGUCGAAAGUGUCUUGCGCAGCAUCCAGGGCCUGGACGCCAGUGAGGCAGCGGCGCGACGCGUUUCUGCACCCGCAUCACUGGCGCCUGAGGUGGAGCACAUUCCUGAAGCGCUGGAGGUAAAGCGAGAAGAUGUGACCACCAUUCGCCUGGCCAAUGGUUUGGUGGUCCGGCUCUUGGUGAUGCCUGCCAGUCCCUCCAGUGGCCCAGCGCGAGCCGGGAUGCGCUUAACAGUGCCUGGUGGCAGGGUGAGCGAUGAACUGGCCGGCCGUUUGGGAGCUUCACAUGCCAUGCUGAUGACUCUGAACAAUGGUGGUGCGGGUCAAUGGAGCCAGGAUGAGACAGAGAAAGACGACCGCUUGGGUGCCCUGCGAGUGUCUAUGGAUGAGGCCAGAGCAGCACGUGACCAGGGUUGUCAGGUCAUCGCUCUGAUCGGCUUCCCCCUGGACGAAGGCUGCCGUCGCAACGGGGGCCGCUGUGGCGCUGAAGCGGGGCCGACCAUGUUCCGGCAGCUGGUCUGGAAGACAGGCUGCGUUCCCAAUUUCGUCACCGGAUGCGAUUUCCACAAUGUUCGCAUUGUUGAUUGCGGUGACAUUGAUAUUGAUGAAUACGAUGAAGUGGACUAUGACGGUGCCCGCGACGCUCUACGGCAAAAAGUGUCGCAAGCUUUGUCGAAUGGCUUUAUUCCAUUUGUGAUUGGAGGCAGCAAUGACCAGUCCUAUGCCAAUGCCUGCGCUCUGCUGGAGCACUUCCCAGACACUGGCCUUGGAGUCAUCAAUCUCGAUGCCCAUUUAGAUGUUCGCCCGCAGAAGGCUGGGCUUGAACACAGUGGCUCGCCCUUCCGUCAGUUGCUGGAGGACCAGCGCUUUUGCAGGAUGAAAGAGAAUUUGUUCACGGAAUUCGCGUGUCAGUCGCAUCAAUGUGCUGCAAGCCACGUUCGAUGGAUCUUGGAGGGUCAGCCGGGCCGCGCCUGCCAGACACGGGUGGUGUGGUUGGAUCACAUGCUGAGUGCAGAGCCUCGGAGCAUAGCAGACUGUUUCGCUGCGGAGUUGGAAAUGCUGGCUGAUGCGGAUGCUGGAAGACAGCACGUCUUUGUCAGUUUUGAUGUGGAUUCAAUCGCCGCAGCGUUCUGCCCUGGCGUGUCUUGUCCAUCACCAAUCGGAUUGGAUGCAGAAACAGCGCUGCAGUGCUGCUUGCGUGCUGGCAUGUGCAAGAGCGUACGGCUGAUGGAUAUGAGUGAAUUCAACCCCGCAGUGGAGGAUUACAAUACAGGCAAGUUACUGGCAACGAUGUUCUACAACUUUGUCAUGGGCGUCUCCAUGCGACCGUGA